AUGUCUCGUAAAGAGAGAGAAACCUUUGUCAGUGAUCGCCGAAGUAAAUUGUAUGAGAUGGUAGAUGAUCCUUCAAAAGAUUCAAUAGUUUCGUGGAGUGAGAGCGGAAAGAGUUUCAUAGUUUGGGAUGAUGUGGAGUUUAGAAGAGCUAUUGGUCUUCCCGGAGGGUGCCUUGGAUACUUGGGCUUUUCACUAUCUCAUAAAUCUCAUGAGCAAUUGGAAUAUACAUGCCCUUAUUUUAUCAGAGGUCAGCCUGACCUUCUUAAAAGACCGUCACAAGAUGAGACCGACAACGACAACGAGGGCUUGGACAGUAGCAAUGAAGGACUUGUUCCCUUUAGCAGCCUUUCUUGCUACAAAGAGAUGUGGAGACGUUACAAGAAGGAGCGUCCCGCUUCCUCAUCAAAUCGACGCCCUCGCCCCCUUUUCCUCAGAGAAGUGUACGAUAUGGUGGAUGAUCCUUCAACUGAUUCAGUUGUCUCGUGGAGUGAGAGUGGCAAGAGUUUCAUCGUUUGGAAUGAAUCUGAGUUCCUCGGAGAUGUUCUUCCUAGUCGCUUACCCUACUACGUAUACAAAGAUAUGACAUCCCUCACCACCUCGCUGCGUGCCAGUGGCUAUACUAGAGUUGAAGAAUCCGAGCAUUGGGAAUACACAGCCAAUUAUUUGGUGAGAGGCCAGCCUCCCCCUCCUAAGAGUACAUCCCCAUCCAGAUAUGAGCAAUUUAUGGUUACUCCAGAAUUUGCCAGAAUCCUCGAGAGGCAUUCCCGAAAUAAAUAA